CCGUAUAUCUAUAGAUACCUUAGUGACGUGAUAGGACGCUGGCGUUUGGAAAUCGUUCAUGAAUAUACCUGAUAUUAACCUACAACCAUGCCGAUUCCGACCCGCGUGUUCAUUAUAACUUGCAACGGCCCGUGUUUUCACACGCCCAUGGGUAUCUCGCCCUUUCGGGCCGAUGCGGUAACCCACUUUCUCAACUUACGUCCCCAUCUCUAUUUCCUUCAUAAAGAUAAGAUGGAUGCCAUUUCCCUCCGUUUCACCACCAUUGAGAUUCUCGCAGAGCCCGUUAUGAGAGGACUUGUCAGGUCUGAUCCUUCGAGUGUUGAUCCGAAUGAGUUGGAGGCGAUGUUGAGCGCAGUUUAUGAUGAGCAGAAGGAUAGUAAGACGAAGAAGAGGAAGUGCACUAAGAGUGAAAGUCCUGGACCCUUCGAGCAGCAAAAGACGUUUAAGAACGCCGUGGCCAAACCAGUCAGGAAAACGAGGAAGUCCCACGGGUGGUCAAACUCAGACGACGAACUGCUUCUCUCUUUGCGCCGCAAUGAUCUGACUUGGCCUGAGAUUGGGAAACACUUCCCCGGUCGUUCGGUGCAUUCCCUCCAAUGUCGAUACACGAAAGUCGGUGCUGCUGCCAUUGAGUGGGAUGAAUCAGAUGACAAAUUAUUGAAGGAAGCUGUUGGGUUGGACGCCAAAGAGAUGUGGGCAAGGAUUUCGGGGAAGGUGGGGAAAGGUGCCAAGGCUUGUGAAGUUAGAUGGAAAGCGCUCACCUGCCAAAAGUGAGUGAAAGAGGGAAGAUGCGGGUAUGGAAAGUACUUAUGUUGCC